UGAUUAAUUCACAAGAGAUUGUCCUUUUUGUUUCGGUUGCCGAACUCCAUCGUCCUCCAUUGCAAUCUGUUGCCCUUGAACAUAAUUGUAAAGGUAAAGACAUGCGAUCAAGAAGAAGAUGCAUGAUGGGACACAUAAGCAUGAAGUCAGUUUCAAUCAGUAGAGCAAGUGGUUGUGGGCUCAAUGGUACUUCAUCUCUGAAGAAACUUACACAAGGGCAAGGCAAAAGAAAACAUGUUAUGCAGAAGUUGGAGCAAAUAAAACAGAUAAUUACUAGUCAAGCUGUGCACAAUUUGAGAAGUUUAGAACUGGAUUCUGUAUGACAGGAUGAUUCUCGGAUUAUCACAAAACAGGAACAGAGUGGUGCCCAUGAUACACCGAAACAGUUAAAUUUCACACAACUGUUCCUUUUCUGUACGAUGUUUUAGCCACAAUGGGUUACCUUGUUUUUUUUAUGAAGUCAUCCAAGUAAAUUCAUGUUUAGGUGACAGCCUAAUAUGGCCAAACACGAUUUUCAACUGACCAUUGGAGUUAACAAGAUAUCACACCAAUCACCAUCAGAUAUGCAGAUCACAUAUUAUCAGUGCAGAAAAACUGUACAAUGAAUCCAGGAUAAAAAAGCAGGAAGAGUCGUGGCCUAGAUUUUAAAAAGAAAGUUGCUUGGACAUGGAAGAUCACUAUUCUCCUUGCUGGCCUGCUGCUCCUGCAGAGGCAAACUGGGAUCAAACAAGUGCUGCAGUAUAUGAUGAGUCCUUUUUAGUCCCAUGCCCAUCUCAUGCUUCUGCCUCUGCCAACUUUCAAGUAUACGGAUUCCCUUCGUGGUCAGUACCGCUUCAGGAGGCUUCAGAAGAUAAAGCUGCUUCGAGUUCCAAGAGUCAUAGCCAAGCUGAGAAGCGGCGACGGGACAGGAUUAAUGCACAACUGGGAAUUCUUAGGAAACUCGUUCCUAAAUCAGAAAAGAUGGACAAGGCAGCUCUCCUAGGAAGUGCGAUUGAUCAUGUGAAGGAUCUCAAACAAAAAGCAACGGAAAUCAGCAGAACUUUCACAAUCCCAACUGAAGUUGAUGAAGUGACGGUUGAUUGUGAUGUUUCUCAAGUUACAAGCCCUCCCAGCACCAACAAAGACAAGGACAACACAUUUAUCAGGGCAUCUGUUUGCUGCGAUGAUCGGCCAGAACUGUUUUCGGAGCUUAUUACGGUGCUCAAAGGCCUUAGACUAACCAUAGUUAGAGCUGAUAUUGCUAGUGUAGGUGGAAGAGUUAAGAGCAUAUUAGUACUUUGCAGUGAGUGCAGUGAAGAGGGGAGUGUUUCAAUUAGCACUAUUAAACAGUCGCUUAAUCUAGUUUUGAGUAGAAUCGCUUCAUCAUCAGUGCCAUCAAAUUAUCGUAUUAGAAGCAAGAGGCAAAGGUUCUUUUUGCCUUCUCAUUUGUCAGAACAAUAUGAAUAAUCAGAUUUAUCAAAAUUUAUUUGGAUUAUAAUGA